AUGCCUGAUCCCCACUCCACAUGGUCAAAAUUACGUUCCUGGCGCCACCGUGACGGAAAGAACAAGGAAAAAGGCAGACAACCCGAGAACAAUUUAGCAAUCCAGGGUUCCCGUGCAGCCCAUUCCACCGUCCAUAGUCAAGUAUUGACGGCACCCGCGGGCGAUACUGGGGCUGCUUCGGUAUCACCCACCCCACAAACGCCCGAACCUGUUUCUCAGAUCCAAGUGCCGCAGAGAGCUCCGAAUGGUCAAGCACACGAGAAAUUGAAUCAGCCGAAGCCAUUUGCCGAUAACUACGACCUGUGGGAUGAAGCCUACAGGUCCUUGGAGGAAGAAGAAAGGCGCGAAGUGGAAGCUUUGCUGAAAGAUUGGGAUCGCGACUGUCCCAAAAGGAAGGAUUUAGCAGAGGAUAUUCAAAAGACAAUGGAUGGAGCAUUGAAAAGCAAGUAUCACGACCGUAUGACAUCUAUUGGCAAAUUGCUGUCGGUAUUGAACAAGUUCCUUUCCGCCGGAGAUGUCGCUGUCAGCUUUGACCCUACUCAUGCUGCCCUGCCAUGGGCUGCUGUUCGCUGUGUUAUUGUGAUUUUUACAGCACACAAUGAGCUGAAAGGGACCGUCCUCACUGGGAUGGCCGAGAUCACUUCGAUCCUCGUGCGAUGCGACAUGUAUCAGCUAUUGUAUAUGGCCCCAGAUCCCGCUCUCCGCCCACCUGAGGACGUCUUGGUCAAACUGAGAACAUGCAUUGUUCAGACAUAUGCUGGAUUGCAGUCAUUCUUUGCUUUCGUACAAGGCCAGGAGACAAGUUUCAAAAUCAGUGCUGUAUUCAAGCUUGAGGAUGCGCGAGCUCAUAUUGAUAAGCUCUCUGGAAGUCUAAAGCAGUUACUGCAAGCCGCAGACGACUGUGAGAAAUGCUGUGAUCUUUCAAGUCGAUCUAAUCUCAAGGAGCUUCUUGGUCUCUCAUCGGAGGUCCCGAUCAUUCGGCAGCAGGUAGAUUUGGUUCUGGAACGAAUCGACGCCAAAGAGGAGCGCGAGAUUUUAGAAUGGAUUUCGCCCAUACCUUAUGGAUCACAUCACCGUGUUAGAGUGGAAUCUCGUACUCCCGACACGUGUGAGUGGUUACUACAAACCGAAGAAUUUCGUGAAUGGAUGGAAUACAGAUCAUCAGCGAUUCUGCGGCUCCGAGGCUCGAUGGGAGCCGGGAAAACGUACCUUACCUCCAGAGUUAUCGACCAUAUUCAGGAUCUGCUUGCAAGCUCAUCAGACCAUGCGGGCUUUGCGUUCUUCUAUUGCAAUCGAAAUGACGAAAAUCGAAGGGAUCCUCUUUGCGUGCUUCAGAGCUAUGUUCGUCAACUUUCAACCGCUGUUGGAAGUACUGAACAUAUACGGAAAAAGCUCAAAAUGGUCAGCGAUCAAGCAAGACGACAGGGAUCCCACUUGGGCUUUGAGGCAUGCAAGACUCAACUGAUGGAAUCAGUAAAUGAGUACUCUCAGACGGUCAUCAUUCUCGAUGCUCUGGACGAAUGUGAUCAAGACUCGCGUUGGCAGCUCAUGCAGGUGAUGGGGGAUUUGGUAUCCAAAUCGGGUCGACCGCUCAAGGUCUUUAUCUCAAGUAGACCCGACGAAGAUAUCAAAGCGCAGGUCUCUGGGAAGAUUAUUGAAAUCCAGGCGAUAAACAACCAGGGCGACAUUGAGAAAUUUGUGAAUGCCGAAAUCGACAAGCCUAGGAGAUGGGGCCCCAUAUCUGCAGAUCUGCGAAGCGAGAUUGUCCAGGUACUCUGUGAAGGCAGCGAGGGAAUGUUCCAAUGGGCGUACCUACAGAUCAAACAGGUGCUUCAAUUGUCAACUCCAGCAGACAUAAAGAUCAGGCUUGGCACUCUUCCGACGACCCUAGAAGCAGCGUACGAUGAGAUAUAUGGAGAAAUUGCGAAGUCUCCGGGUAGACAGGCCCUUGUGGAUCGCGCGUGCAAGUGGUUGAUGAGUGCCCACCCAAAUUUUAAGAGCGAUGAAUUCUUGUCCGCAGUCCUCAUUGAUGCCGAUGGCUCCUCCAUAUUCUGUGAAGAACAGAUUAAUGAAUCCCAACUAUUGGAUUUAUGCAGCAACCUACUUGUUGUCGACCCCCAAACUCGUCUUUGGAGGCUAUCCCACCUGUCAGUACGGGAAUAUUUUGAGCGCAAUCAUUGGGGGCCCCGAGAGGCCAACUCUCAUGCGGCCAAAGUGUGCCUCAAGCUUCUGAUUGAGAUCCACAGCAGCCCAUCCCACCAAAGCGAGAUAGAAUGGCCAUCUCACAUCCAGACCAUUAAACCACCGGAUAACCUGAGCCGUAUCCAUCUGUUUGAAGAACAUGUGCGAUACUACUGGGUGAUUUAUGUCGCAGCCUACGAAGAACAAAUCACCGAACAAGGGCAAAAAGCAGACUCUUUGUUGGUAGAUCUCUUGAAAAGAUUUCUUGGUUCUCCCAGCAACAGCAGUCUCCAUUACCGUGCCUGGUAUCGCAGCAUUAAUCGCCCCUAUCUGUCGGGAUAUUUCAGUUAUAUUGCGAAAGAUGAAAUCUCUCCGGAAACAAUCGCAGUUUUCGCUAUGUGUCGCUUUUCGUUCUACUUCCUCUUGCAGGACUGGUGGGACAACGCAGAAAUCACGGUCUUCCAGACGAAUGAUGAUGGCGAGUCCACCUUGCAGCUUGCUGCCCGGGCAGGCUGUAAACCAAUCUGUGAGGAACUCAUACGGCGAGUGACAGCGACUCAUUCUAUGUUGCCGGAAUACUUCUAUGAGGGAGCUCUUGUUGCUGCUGCUGGCGGGGGAUAUCUAGAAAUUGUCAAGAUCUUCAUCCAGAACAGGGCCGACGUAGACCUCUCGUUGCCGAGUGGGAUAUAUGGGAGUGCACUUGCUGCUGCUGCUUAUGGAGGAGAGGAUAUAGAGAUUGUCAAGUUCCUUAUUGAGAAUGGGGCAGAUGUGAACAUCCUGUUAUCAAGUGGGAGGUAUGGGAGUGCACUUGCUGCUGCUGCUUAUGGAGGAAAUGUAGAGACUGUCAAGUUUCUUGUUGAGAAUAGGGCAGAUAUGAACGUCCUAUUACCAAGUGGGGAUUUUGGGAGUGCACUUGCUGCUGCUUCCCUUGGAGGAGAUAUAGAGACUGUCAAGUUUCUUGUUGAGAAUGGGGCAGAUGUGAACGUCCUAUUACCAAGUGGGGAUUAUGGGAGUGCACUUGCUGCUGCUUCCUUUAGGGGAGAUAUAGAGACUGUCAAGUUUCUUGUUGAGAAUAGGGCAGAUGUGAACGUCCCAUUACCAAGUGGGGAUUUUGGGAGUGCACUUGCUGCUGCUUCCUUUAGGGGAGAUAUAGAGACUGUCAAGUUUCUUGUUGAGAAUGGGGCAGAUGUGAACAUCCUAUUACCAAGUGGGGAUUAUGGGAGUGCACUUGCUGCUGCUUCCUUUAGGGGAGAUAUAGAGACUGUCAAGUUUCUUGUUGAGAAUAGGGCAGAUGUGAACGUCCUAUUACCAAGUGGGGAUUUUGGGAGUGCACUUGCUGCUGCUUCCUUUAGGGGAGAUAUAGAGACUGCCAAGUUUCUUGUUGAGAAUAGGGCAGAUGUGAACGUCCCAUUACCAAGUGGGGAUUUUGGGAGUGCACUUGCUGCUGCUACUGCUAUAUAUGGAGGAGAUAUAGAGACUGUCAAGUUUCUUGUUGAGAAUGGGGCAGAUGUGGACCUCCUGUUAUCAAGUGGGAAUUUUGGGAGCGCACUUGCUGCUGCUGCUUAUGGAGGAGAUAUAGAGAUUGUCAAGUUUCUUAUUGAGAAUGGGGCCGACAUCAACCUCAAUUUAUCUGUUGGAAAUUACGGAAGUGCCCUCGCUGCUGCUCAUUUUAAAGGGAAUAAAGAGAUUGAAAAGAUGCUUGUUGAUAAUGGGGCUAACACGAAGCUCGCUUUGUUGAAUUGA